AUGGGCGAAUAUGAAGAGGUUGUGGAACUCGGCUUCGAAGGUGUUGAUAAAGUCGUUGACAAGUACCACGACAAAGUUUUCGACACAGUCGGGAAACAUCCGCCCAGUUGGCACUGGCUGCAUCAUCGCCAACAACAGCGCGAACAGCAGCGCCAAGAGCACCAAAGACCAGAUCAGAGCCAUUCGUCUCGUGCCCAUCGCGACGAUCCAAGGGCCCACGAGGAUAGCAGAACUGAGGCAGACAUGUACAACCCUGACCGCCGUCAGGAGCGCGACUACCAGGAUCGUGAAUAUCAGGAUCGAAGAGACUCCCGUUUCGUAUCUGACGAGACAAUUUAUUACCGAGGUCCUGAUGCAGGCGCGGUUGCAACGCGUGGUAGCGACCCGUACGGCAAUGCGCGAGGGUACGAAGUCCAGCAAUACCAGCAACCUCAGUACAACAACCGCCGCCCGCAACCUCAGAGACGCCGCUCGUCAUGGUCGCCGCAGCGCUCUGGAAGAGAGCGUGGCAAUGAUCGCCGCGCGCGGUCGAAAUCGAGGUCACGGUCGAGGUCGAAAGACAGACAACAUCGGAUCGCAGCGACUGUUGCUGGAGGUCUGAUUGGAGGCAUACUUGGCAAUCAAGCCCAGAAAGGCAAGAAGUACGACACAGCUGCGACCAUAGCGGGAGCUGUGAUUGGCGGUCUCGGUGCCAGAGAAGUCUCGGAGCAGUGGGACAAGCGAAGGGCACGUAGAGAAGACUGUGACGAGAGGUGGGAGGACAAAUACGGCGAAGAUAGAGAUCGCAGGAGGGACGACAGAGAUCACAGAGACCAGAGAGAUGACCGUUACGAUGACCGUUAUGAUGACCGCCGAAGACAUUACGAAAGGGACUGGCGAUGA